CUUACCAUCUCCUUCUCUCUCUCUAUUAACCCCCGAGUCUGCGUUUUCUGCUUCAACCAGUCUUCGAUCACCGCCGACCUUCGCUCUUGCUCAGUCUUCUUUCUUCAACGCCACUGUAGCCAUGGUUCUUCUACAGCCAGAUCCCUUUCUUAGUGAACUUACCAGCAUGUUUGCGAAAAGCACCGAGAAGGGGUCCGUUUGGGUCACCUUCAAAAGAUCGUCCUUGAAGUCCAAGGUUCAGAGGAAUAAAAUGAAAACUGCUGGUCAAGCAAUCGACUACAGAUGCCUGAUCCGAGCAACAUAUGGGAACAAGACAAUUUCUACUUCCGUUGGGGCAAAAGAACAUCAGCGAUUUCAAGCUUCUUAUGCAACUGUGCUAAAGGCUCACAUGACUGCUUUAAAGAAGCGGGAGAGAAAGGAUAAGAAAGUGAAAAAAGGCAGUGCAAAGAAGGCGAAGACAGAUCCCAUGGUCCUAGCCUAAUUCUCAAACAUGGUCCUAGCCUAAUUCUCAAACUUGAUUUUUUAUUUAUUAAACUACGGUUGCAAAAACUGUUCUAGGAUUUCCUGAAUAGAUAUGGAAACCAAAACAAGAUCAUCCAGGAAUUGUACAGAACAGCUUUUUGAUGAUAUGUCAUUUCUGAUGGAUAUGGUCUUUGGUCUUUUGUUAAAUUGAAAUAAUUUUCAGCUUU